GCUCGAGCCAUGAUCGUCAGUGGCUCUUCGCGCCUGCUGCGUACGGCCGUGCCGCCGCGCUCUGCGGCCCCGUCCUGCGCCGGCUGCGUCCCUUCGUCGCGCCGCUCGGCGCACAAGCUCGUCGCCGUCCAGCUCCUGUCCGACUCCCUCCCCUCGCUCGGCGCGCGCAACCAAGUCGUCGCCCUGUCGCCCGGACUCGCGCGCAACCGACUCGUGCCGGCCGGCCUCGCCGUGUACGUCGGCAGGGACGGCGAGGGGGUCAGUGUGAGGCGCGACAUGGAGAGGAGGGGCGAGAUGAUUGCGCUGAGGAGGAGGGAGGGCCAGCAGCAGGCGGCGAGGAGGGCAAAGGGGGUGCUUGAGCAGCUCGCGCAGGGCAACGCUCCCCCCACCGACCCGCUCGCAGCCGCCCGCGCCGCCGAGCGCGCCCUCUCACUCUCGCUCUCGACCCUCGCGCCGCCCUCGUCCCCGCUCAUCUUUACGCGCCUCACCACCUCGCCCACUUCGUCCGACCUGUUCGGCUCCGUGUCGGUCGCCGACGUCGUCUCGGCCUUGCGCGAGCGCGGCGUCGUCGGCCUCGCCACCUCCUCCUCGUCGUCGUCGUCGUCGGCCUCGGGCGCGUCGUCUGGGUCUGGGGCGGGCGAGGGCGCGGGCGCACACGGCGCGUUCAGGUCGGACCAGGUGGGCGUCCUCAACGGGCGCGUCAAGCAGGUCGGCGAGUACGUGUUCGAGGUCGAGCUGAGGGCGAGCGGCGAGAGGGUCCCGGUGCGCGUCGAGGUGAGGCGAGAGGACAAGUAGCGCGCGGGCGCAAGGCUGCAAGGGUUCUUGUAGAGCCUCUC